UACUUUACGCAUAAAAGUAUGAAUUGAAAAAUGACUCGCCGCUUAAAAGUGCUGCAGUAAUUUUUUUAGAAUUUAUAUUUCCUCCCGAAGAACACGCACGAGUUCGUCAAUCAGUAUAUAGCUAGCAGACCAGAUAAACCACAGCAGAUUAACUAAUACAAGUAUUUUGAUAAUUUUCGCAAAUACUGUCGAUAAGUUCCAUGUCCGUCGUAGCGUUUGCAACACCUUUUUUUGUUGUUGCUACUUCUUUGGAGAGUCGAUACAUUCUUUAACAGAAGGCUUGCGGUAUUUCACAUUAGUCCUCGCCAUUUUUAAUUAUCACGAUCAAAGAUUACAAUAAACGACCCGACUUCAACUUCGGAAGAUCUUGAAGGGGAAUUACCUCGCACCGAUGUUUCCCGUGAUAUUGCAAAGUACUGCCAAUAUUUAGGGACGAUCGUGUCGUCGUGUCCAUGUGUUUAUGUUAUGAUGCUUAAAUUUCUGUUACUCUACCAUUUCCGAUGGCCCGAGUACACGCACGCGCAAGUGGAAAUACCGAUAAUUAUCAUUAAUUUCUGUUUCUGCGAGUUAUCUCAAAAAUUAAUCUUGAAAUUGUUAAAUAAACAAUAAAAUAAAAUUAACGAACGAACGUUGCCGUCAAAAGAGUGGCUGCGAUUUUGUUUGUUCGAUAUUGAUUAAUCGCAUUCCUUUAAAUUGAUCGAACUUACCAGUACAAUUUGAAUACAUUUUUUUAUUAUUAUAUACUUGUAUCUGUACUUGCAGUCUCGUUGUUUAAAUGUUGAUCCAUUCAAAUUCAAAAUUACGUCCGUGAUCGAGAUAUCGAAUGCAUGCGCAUGAACAGAAGUAGCGCAACUGCGCUUUUCAAUGAUCCCGUGACUACAAAUAGCAUUGCGAUAUUUCAAGAAUCGAAACGGCGGAGAUCCUGCGAGGAGCUUCACGAUAUCCUGUUAAAUGUUGUUGUGAUGUUGAAAAGUGACAUUUGCGUUAUCAAACAAACGUUAUGAGACAGAGAAUGUCGGAAACUUUACCAAAAUUAUCAUCCGACAACUUUUGUCCUUAAUCGAAUCGCAGUUUACCGUCUCCAAGACAAAGUUGGCGUAAUUUUCUCCAAAAUUUAUUCCGUGCAAAGAUUGUUCGACACAUAUUGCAGUUACUAUUUUUACACAUGUACGCUACUACUUGUGUCGAUAUUUAUUUCUUAUUAAAUUAUGUUGAAUAAUGAGAGCUAAGUAAUUAGUCGCAGAUGACGAUGUUCAGAAAAGGCGACGGUUCUAAGGAUAAACCGGAAGGCAGAAUUGACGUCGAUGAGCCACUUUGGAGCCAAGAUACGUAUUUUGGAAGAUGGAUGCACUAUGCCUUCAUCACCGACUGCCGCACGAUCCUCGUGCCGGAGAAUAAAUUGAGGGAAGCGAAAAAGCUUUGCGAGGAUUACAAAGCCGGUAAGGAGCCGGAAGAUCUCCAGAAAAAGGACAUAAUAUACGCAAAGCAACUCGGGGACAGCGCUUUCCAUCCCGACAAUGGUGAGUUAAUGCACGUGGUGGGCAGAAUGUCUUUUCAAUUGCCAGGGUCUGUCGCCCUCACCACUGCCAUGUUGACCUUUUACAAAUCCACUUGCAGCGUGAUUGUAUGUCAAUUGAUUAAUCAGGGUUUCAACGCAUUCGUCAAUUAUACCAAUCGAAACGCGAUGAGCGAUGAUCCGCAGGACACCAGUGCGAUCCAGCAAGCUUUUGUGUUCGCCACCGCGGCGAGCUGCGCGGCCGCUUUGGGAUUCAGGAACCUCCUUUCCGGCAGAGGAACUCUUCUUGCAAGAUUCGCCCCAUUCUGCGCGGUGGCUGUUGGAAACGUGGUGAAUCUGCCACUCAUGAGACAACGGGAGAUCACACGGGGUAUUCCUGUAUUCGUUAAGAACGACGACGAAGUGUGCAUCAUGAAAUCGCAGGUGGCCGCCGUUAAAGGUAUUUCUGAAUGCAUCCUUACGAGGAUAAUAAUAGCCGCGCCGGGAAUGCUGAUGAUUCCAGUCCUGACACAACAAAUGCGAUCGCAUUGUUUCUACCAACUUCGCCCGUGGCUCGUUCUUCCCGUCGAAAUCAGCUUGUGUACACUUUGUCUCUUAAUCAUGAUCCCUUCGGCACUCGCCAUUUUCCCGCAGAAGAAUUCAAUGAAGCCGGAAUUGUUGAAAAUGUGUCCAGAAGAAUACGAAAUAUUCCAAGAAAAGAUGUGUGAACGUGAACAUCCGAAUAAAAUAUAUUAUAACAAAGGGCUGUAAUUGGUAUAAAUAAAAAUAAAAUGUUUAUAUAUUUCGUUAUACUAUAUACGAUUAGAUCUUUCGCUUGCUUUGCAGAAUUGUUUGAUUCGCGGUGUAUUAAAGAAACAGAAGGCUGUAUAAGAACAAAUUAAUUACUGAAUUGUCUAACAAUGUUUAUUAUAACAUAUCACAACUAUCAAUAUUUUACUACAUACACUUUCAUUAAGUUUAUAUGUAGCAAAGUUUGUUGUUAUAUUACUGUAUAUGGCAGUAUUUUUUCAUGUUCAGACUUAAAAUACAAGUUCAAGUAAUAACGAUAA